GGCAGAUACAGUCUAUAUAGAAACCCUGCCUGAUUCUAGUCUCCACUCAGCUGAGAAGGACUUGAGAGGGUAUUGCCCUGGAACUUGAGUCGGGACCUGCUGGUGGGAAGAAAACACGACCAGUGGAGUUGCACUUCUCUGUUCUCUGGAUUUUGUCUGACCUCAGGCACUCUGGAGAUUGGAAGGAGCUCAACCCAUUGGAGCCUUUCUCUAUAAGACAAGACAAUAUACAACUGCAACAUGCCCUCCAUGUUUGAGAGAACUACCAAGAAAUUGGUCAAAGAGAUCGGAGACCAAGAGCUCAGACCUGUCAAAUGCUUGCUAAGUGCCACCAAGAUACGCCGGUUUUCUCUAAUACGGAGGAAGAAGGCUCGCUCUUGGUUUUGGCAACUACCUGAUGUCCCACUUGACGCCUCCCUCAUGCACAUCCUUGAACCAGGUUCUUCAGACCCAGUCGCUGCUGUGAAAGUGUCUGCCAACUUCAGUGACACCGAGGUCAUGAAGCAGCAGGCGGCUGGGAGCGUGAAUGCUGGGGCAGGAGUGGUCAUAUUGGAGAAGACUGCUGCCUGCCGAGGGUACUCCCUCAAGUACCAGAUUGUUAGCACCCCACUCGAAACCUGGACAAAGCUUGAGAAGAGGAAACUUCUGGACCCAGAGCCAGCCCUCCUGAGGCAAUGCCGGGAAGCAGGGGUGAAUCUGUAUGUUGUGACCGACACCGUGGAGCUGCUCAACAGCCCUGUGCUGCAGGAUCUCAGCAGCAAGAAGAUCUCGGGGAAAUUCUCCCUCCCUCUGGAUAUUUUGGUCAAGGGUAGAGGAGAGGCAGAGGGUAUCAAAGUGACAGAGAAGCAGCUGACUGUGCAGAAGGGCUCGGUGCUGGCCUAUAAGAGGAAGCAGCUGGUUUUCCAUGAGAAAGACUGGGAGAUUCUUCACAUCACAGAUGAUGAUUAUCAGAAAACCUUUCCAACAGGUGAUGAUAAUGCUGCUGCUGCUGCUGAUGAUGAUGAUCAGAAAACCAUUAUAGAAGGUCAAUACCUACUCAGAAAGAUAAUGCAGAUGUUCCAGUGGACAGAUUUCAAACUGCUACAAGAGGAGGUUUCCCAGAACAUAAAAGCGGCCAAGCUCUCGAAGGACAUGCAGGAUGUUGUGUUCUCCAACCUCCUGGCCAUGCUUGAGGACCGCGAGGCUCUCCAGGACCGCAUGGACACUGGGAGGUGCCCGCUUGAACAGGAACCCUUCGGUCAUUUGGAUGGCCCUGGUGGCACCAUCCUAACUGAACUGCAAAAGGACUCCCGCUAUCCAGGGGUUGGCUCAAAGUUCCUCAUCCUUUACCUGCUUGAAGCCUUAAUGGUGCUGAGUGACAUCCAACAUGUUCUGCUGGCUCAGUCUAUGGAGAAGAGGAUCCUCCUCCCGCAGAGGGACCUGGUGAAGAGCAUCCUGAAGCCCAACUUCAACUGCUCUGAGAAGACUCGCUUUACCUUCCAGCCUGAGCUCCUGGUCCCACUCCAGGGGGAGGACUUGGCCAUUACCUAUGGGCUGCUGGAUGAGUGUGGCCUGAAGAUAGAGCUGAACAGCCCCGGGUCAACCAGGGACCCGGAAGCCCAGGAGCCCCUGUCUGCCCUCUAUGGGGCCCUCUCCGUGCUGAGCCAGCUGGCUAAGGCCUGAGACCUCCUGGGGGGCAGGCCAGGGAAUCAGUCCUGGUCCUGUCCUUUGCUGCAAACACCCGCAGGCUGUUCUCUGUAUCGAUGAGUUUGUAUCUAUUCCACAAAUAAGUGAUAAGUCUUUGUCUUUGAUUUAUUUUGCUUAGCACAAGACCUUCAAGGUUGGUCCAUGUUGUCACAAACCACAGGCGACUCUGGCUGCUGAGUGGAGGAUGGGCUGGAAG